GGAAUGGAUCUGACACAAAAUGCGCAGGAAAAACGAGGGUAUACUACUGUAUAUACUAAUUGUGGUUUUAGGAAGCUAAACAAAGAUGACGUCAUAAAAGCAACAAAAGGAAGGGGAAAACGGAAAAGGAAAAAAGAAAGAAAAAAAAAAAAGGGUAUCGUUCGUCGCAGGACGCAGAAGGAGGCAAUAAUACCACCAGUUGAGGGAGGUCAGACCAGAAGUCGCUCGCGAGCCUUUUGAUUUGUGUAAAUCCUUUGUGUGUGGGGGGUUUUGCUGGCGAUCUCUGGUACUGUUUAGGUUUGACAUCGAUUUCUUCUGGCGUUUUCAUCUGUAGAAACCCCUUUUUUUCUUUCGCCGGAGAGAGCACCCGGAGGUUUGUCGAGUUUUCCAAAUGGAAUAGAACACGGGGAGAGACAUAUACACGCCAUCCUCGAAUUCUUCUGCUGGGAGUUUCUGAUUUCUGUCGCUUUUUCUUCUUCUUCUCUCCAUGACACAACGGGUCUACGAAACCUGGAAAGGAAGCAAUAAGUUCAUCCUUGGUGGGAGAUUGAUAUUUGGUCCAGAUGCUAGGUCACUGCCUGUUACGGUGUUACUGAUCGUCGUCCCAGUUAUCUUAUUCUGUGUAUUUGUAGCAAGGCAUCUUCGCCAUGAGUUCUCGCCCAACAAUGCGGGAUAUGCUAUCUCUGUGGUCGCUAUUCUCUUCACUAUUUAUGUAUUGAUCCUCCUCUGCUUCACAUCUGCACGAGAUCCUGGUAUUGUUCCACGAAAUUCACAUCCACCAGAGGAAGACCUACGCUAUGAGACAACAGUAUCAGCUGAUGGAAGACAAACACCAAGUGUUCAAAUCCCUAGGACGAAAGAAGUCAUUGUUAACGGCGUUUCUGUUAGAGUGAAAUACUGCGAUACGUGCAUGCUUUACAGGCCUCCUCGCUGCUCUCAUUGUUCCAUUUGCAACAACUGUGUUGAGCGCUUUGAUCAUCAUUGCCCGUGGGUGGGCCAAUGCAUUGGACUGAGAAACUAUAGGUAUUUCUUUAUGUUUGUUUCAUCGGCAACGCUUCUCUGCAUCUAUGUGUUUUCGAUGUCGGCUUUUUACAUCAAGAUUCUGAUGGAUGAUCAACGCGGAACUGUAUGGAGAGCAAUGAGAGAAUCACCUUUGUCGGUUGUGCUGAUGGUAUACUGCUUUAUCGCCCUGUGGUUUGUUGGUGGGCUCACAGGGUUUCACUUGUACCUCAUAAGUACAAACCAGACAACCUAUGAGAAUUUCCGGUACAGACCAAGCAGCAGAACCAUUGUCUAUAACCGUGGCUGUGCAAACAACUUCCUGGAGGUAUUUUGCUCCAAGGUUAAGCCCUCGAGGAACGACUUUAGAGCCUUCAUCAAAGAAGAACCUCCAAGAGUCGUUACUCUGACUCCCACCACCAGGGAAGAAUCAGCCGAAGCAGAGGAUGAAACUGGGACCCGGCGGCAGAAAGUGGAAGACGAUCUAGACAUUGGGGACGAUCUAAUGAACAUCUCACAGCGAUGUAAUGCAGCAGAGGCCAGCAACGACCAACCUCAUCACACUUUGGACAUUGACCAAUCGAUUAUUGGGUCUGCUGAGAGAGCAGCCACGAUAAGGACGGAAACAAGGCAUGGAAGCUGGGGAAGAAGAAGUGGGAGCUGGGAUAUAGCAGCAGACGUAGCUAAUUCUAAUGUCAGGGAGAGCCGAAGCUACGCAACGGAAAGGGAAGGAAGGGGAUGAGUUUAUUAUUAUUAUUAUUACUUUGAUUUAGUUGUUCCAAACACUUGGGAGGGAAUCUCUUUUAGGACAGAAGUCGGAAGAUCUGAUUUGGUUUCGGGGAUUUGCCUAUUCCUGUAAUCUUUGAGUAGAUACAAUUACCAAGAGUAGUAGAGUCUUUGCAAUUUCCUUUUUUUCAUCUUCUUUUCGUUUCCUUAAUGUGUAUUGUGCUAUUUUGUUCAUAUUAUGUGGAAUUUCAUAUCGUAUUCCCUCCCCCUUUUUAAUUUCUAGCACAACUCUCUACUACAAAUUGUAAUGAAUUUAGCUCAGCCAAAAU